GGUCAUUUCCAAUAUUGCCAUGUCCGUUGCAACCUACAACAGCGCCUACCCGGUGCACUUUUCGACGUCGACGAUUUCCCCGAAGAACGCGACGAGCACGCCCAUGAUGAUGCGCCACCCCAGCAGCAGCAGCAGCACCUCCAGUGCGAACGCGGUCCGCGCGGGCUUCCGCGGCAAGUGCCGCUACAAGAGCGGCCGCUGCCCCAACGAGCGCACGCUCAAGUUCAACGGCGAAGUCCACACCAUGUGCGAAGAGCACCGUAUUCGCCACAACAACAACCAGCGCAAGUCCGACAUGAAGCGCCGGGUCAAGAAGCACCCGGAGCCGGCGACGCAAUCGUUUGUCAUGCAAAAGCGUGAAGUGCAAAAGGCGUUGCCUGGCUUGCACUCGCCCAAGACACCGACGAGUCAAUGCGAAGUCCGCCUCGCGACGACGCCCGAGCGCUUUUCGCCAAUGCACGUGCCGUGCACAGACUUUGAGCUCGAGACCUCGCGGACGACAUCGACUGAAGUCGUCCUCUCGAUGGAAGAGCUUGAGAUCCUCCACUCGAUCCUUGGCCUCCACGACGAAGAGCUCGCGCUUUGAGCCACUAUCCCAUAUAAUUUAACCCCGUACGAUAGCCUCUUAUAAAAUACUACUCAAGAUUUAAUUUCAAUUUACAUGUCCACCAA